UUCUCAGACAGCAUGUUGUUUGUGUCUAACAUUGAUAUCUCGCGUUGUUAACUGAAAUUGACUGGAUUUAAUGUUAGGUUUUCAGGCUUAUUUCCAAUAACAAACAGGAACCGUACAAGUUUGGGCAUGAUCUGAGCUCCAUCACAGGCUUGUUCUUCUUAAAAGGUCUGCACGUGAUUCGGCGCAAGGCACCUCUCAGUCAUAUCGUCAUGCAUCUUCCUACUAUAAAACAGUCAUGUCAGCCUCUGCUCUGACAGAUGUGUCCAUUCGCACACCUGACUUGUAACAGCAGGUCUGGAUUCAGUGGGCUGCUCUGGGGUGAAUGUUACCUGUCAAAAGCGUCUGGGUGUAGCGUAGCCUUAUCAGUUCAGUGCACAUGGGAGGGGCAGUUAUCACGGGAGUCUAGUGUUGCCAGCAAGUAAAACUAGUGACGUAUCGUUUUUUUAACACUGUCACUGUACGUGUUUGUUCUGUAGCCCUUCUGUUGUAUGCCUGCUUCACUUUACCCGAGACAAUAUUUUUGGGUUUAAGGGAUUUAGCCAUCAAAUGAAACACGUGCUACAUGAGGAACGAGAUUAAUAAGUAAUUCCAUGGAGGCAUACAGAGGAACAUCCACCUGUUCUGCUCUCCAUGCCCUCCCCCUUUUCCCGUUUUCUUUUCAAGAAAACAUGACUUGUGAAUUACACCAACAAAGCUCUAUAUUGACUGGUAUUCAUUACAACGGCUGGUAGACCUCUCACUAAAAUAUAUGGAACAACAUGACCUCUCUGUUGACUACGGGUUAGUGUUUUGUAAUAAGAAAACUGCUGUGGAUUAUGAAAGAACAACUUGGAGGUCUUAAGCAAAAUAGUCUGUACUUGUGAGGGGUAAGUACCACAGGAAUCUGGAUCAGGACCCCACACCAGCAUCGUAUAUGCAGGCCAGCAUGGCACCCAAGAACGCUGUCACUGAGUCCAUUCCAGUCCUGGACCUGGCAGUCAUGCAAGAGAAGGAUCCAAAUGGUGGGCAAAACAUGGAGAGGGAAGUGGAGAUGUCAGAGGACUCGGCCAGUGAGGAUUCUGUAAACCACAUCCCCAAGCGGUUAUGGGUCAUGCACGGUGCCGUCAUGUUUGGGAGGGAGUUCUGCUACGCCAUGGAAACAGCGCUGGUCACUCCUGUGCUGUUGCAGCUAGGUCUCCCAGAGCAGUAUUACAGCUUAACCUGGUUCCUCAGUCCUAUUUUGGGUUUAAUUUUCACCCCUCUGAUUGGCUCAGCAAGUGACCGCUGCACUUUGAAAUGGGGUCGGAGGAGACCCUUCAUUUUGGUGCUGUGUGUAGGAUUGUUAAUAGGACUUGCCUUAUUUCUCAACGGAUCUCUUAUAGGUCUGUCUUUGGGUGACGUCCCUGGUAAUCAACUGUUUGGGAUCGUGCUGACUAUUGUUGGUGUGGUGGUUCUGGACUUCUGUGCUGAUGCUUUGGACGGACCAAUCAGAGCCUACCUUCUGGAUGUGGCUGAUACUGAGGAACAGGAUGUGGCUCUAAAUAUACAUGCUUUCUCAGCAGGGCUGGGAGGUGCUGUAGGUUACAUGCUUGGAGGGCUGGACUGGACCAAUACCUUUCUGGGUCGAGCUUUUAAGGCCCAAGAGCAGGUCCUCUUUUUCUUUGCUGCCAUCAUCUUUAUCAUUUCUGCGACGCUUCAUCUUUUCAGCAUCAAGGAGCAUUUAUAUAACCCCAACCAGCCAGGGGUAUUAAAGGAUGAGGAUGAAGAAAGGCCACCUUCUGUCCAACUCUGUGGAAGCUUUCCAUCCACUCGCCACUUGCCUCAACUAGAACUUAUCCCUGAGGAGGAGCCAUUUUCAGCCCACGAGGAUGAUCGGUCUGAUCGGGAUGUUUCAACUGAUUUUCUAAACAUCGAAUUGGUGCGAUGUAAAAGUGACUCAGUUUUAGCCAUGCCAGAUUCUGCCAUAGAGCUUGACCCAGACCUGGAUCGCGAUGGGCAGUUUCUUUGGGACAUUGAACCAAAUUUAUUCCAGGACUUUCAGGGUUUACAAGUUAAUGAAACAACAGUAGAUUGUCACAACACCAGCCAGCUAGGUCAGUGCACUGACAACCACUUACAGAAGUGUGAUGGCAAUGGGGAACACAUCUGUGGAGCUGCCAAUACUGUAAACGGCAAUCCAAUCAAUGGAGCAGCGAAUGCCAAUAAUCAACCAGGCAAAGUCGGUUUACGCCCAGUACGCCGCCGCCACCCUUCCUUCUACCGCCAGCCCUCUUUCACUUUCUCUUAUCACGGACGCGUGGGCUUUCAAUGGCGACGCCGAUACGGCAACAUGGCCAGGCCAAUCAAAUCUUCACAAAGCCUGAACGACAUCGACAAAAUACCUAGACGUCAUGAGAGGCGGAAGUUGCAACCAAGUAAAAUCUCUGCAUCCCGUAGGAUUGAGGAAGACGAAGAAAGCGAGGAUGGAGAUGGUGGUACGACGGUCAAACUACUCUGGUUGUCCAUGCUGAAGAUGCCGCCCCAGCUCUGGCGACUGUGUGUAUGUCACCUGCUCACCUGGUUCUCCAUGAUCGCACAGGCUGUGUUCUACACAGACUUCAUGGGCCAGGUUAUCUUUGAAGGAGACCCGACUGCUGCUGCUAACUCCACCGCCCUGCAGAACUACAGUAAAGGUGUGCAGAUGGGAUGCUGGGGUCUUGUGAUCUAUGCUGCUACAGCUGCCCUCUGUUCAGAUGUCCUCCAAAGGAUCUUAAACAACUAUGACCUAAGCAUAAAAAUCACCUACAUGUUGGGGACUCUUUCCUUUGCUGUGGGAACAGCUGUCAUGUCCAUCUUUCCAAAUGUAUAUGUUGCUAUGGUGAUGAUAAGCACCAUGGGAAUCAUCUCCAUGAGCAUGUCAUACUGCCCUUAUGCUCUUCUGGGACAGUACCAUGAAAUCAAAGAGUACAUUCAUCACAGCCCUGGCAACUCACGGCGUGGCUUUGGCAUCGACUGCGCCAUCCUGACAUGUCAGGUUUACAUCUCUCAGAUCUUGGUGGCGUCGGCGCUCGGUGCGGUUGUAGAUGCGGUUGGCACAGUCAGAGUGAUCCCUAUGGUGGCCUCGGGAGGAUCCUUUCUUGCUUUCCUUGCUGCGGCUAUCCUCGUCAUCUACCCCGAUACACUUGACGAUGAUGAAGACGAGGAUGAUGAAGAGCUUGGCCCAGGUUCUGUUAAAUCGGAGGCAGCGUCCAAUAACAGUACAGAGAAACACAGUGUUUUAAAGUCAAUCCCAAGGAACAGUUCCAGCAAGCCAGAGGUUGAAUCCUCAGUUUGAGUGUUAAAACGUAAAAUACUAGAGUUUUUGAAAUCCCAAUCCCAGAAUGCACAAGCAAGUUAUUCUGCGGAUUUGGUACAUAUGGAGACUAUUUGAGUCAAAUAUGUGAGUCAAAUAUUAUUUCUCAAGCUAUUUAUUAUUUGUGCCCAAACAUUUCCAUUGCCUACAAAGGUACAGGUUUACGUCACUACAGUGAACACAUUGUUUCACAUGCUAAUACAUUUUUCCCCACACGUUUAAUCACUCCACUUUGCAAGUCAACAUUUAAAUAUCAGAUGUGAGUUUACUUUUUCAGACUGGCGUUUUACUCUGUUAAAAUAUGUCUGAUUAUCAUUGUAUGUCCCUCAUUUCAUGAGAAACACUCAGGGGUAAAGCUGCUACUUGCAAACGCAAAAUGCUCACUUCUGUAAAGACUUUAACUAUGCACCAAAAUAUUGUUUUAUAAUGUUUCUUGACUUUAAAUAAGGCAUUGCUUUUCAGAGUUGCCUUUAGUUCAAAAAUGUGAUUUUCUUUGGUAUGAAUAGAAUGGAUAACCAUGGCAUUAAGUAAAGAAAUGGAUUUACUUUUUGCAGCAGUGAUUGGUGCGAAAUGAAGAAGUGCGUUUAGCUGUCAUGGCAAGUUUUACUGUCUGUCAGCCUCCGUCUUAAGUGAUGACACUCUAAUAGUGGCAGUAUUUUUCACAGCCAAAUUCAUAAUGUUGUUCCAGUACUGUUGCGUAGUUUAUAUACGGAAGUUUUUAAGACUGCUUUUCAAUCAAGGCGGCAGGCCAAAUUUUUCUUCACUAGUAAGUCACAGUUGGUCUACUUAGGCAAAGUGGAGAUCUAAGUUAUGGCCUCUUAUGUUCAUAAAUGUUGUUUAAAUGCAUCGCUGGAAAUGUGAUGUCUGCAAUUGAUGUACGGAAGUCAGUGGCCUGGCUUUGUAUCCUAUUUUAUCAGGCAAAAAAUCAUUGUGUUUGUGUUUCAUAAUCAAGGUGGACACUUUUUUUUAUCAAUGGUACUGCUGACUUUUGUUUUAGUGUUUGAACUAAUUUGAAAGUUUAUACUGUUUCUGGGUUUUUAUUUGGAAUUUUUGAUCAGUUUUGAUAAAGAGAAACCUUUACACUUU